AUGACAAAGGACAUGAGACCAAGACCUGCCCCUGCAGCUGACUCGCGAAUCCGCGACAACUUGAUUUUCAAACUCGGUGUUGUAAAAUCUGAUCAGAAACCUGCUGUGAGAUCUGAAAAGUCCGUGCUCGGGAAACAGGAAUUUGCUAGUGAGCCGCUAAAGUCAAGAUUGGACGAGGAGGACAUCAUUGAGAGCCCUGGCUGGAACUUAUCAGCCUUGUUCUCAAAGAGUCCGAGUAGGACUCCCAGUGUUACUGAUCUCGCAUCGCUUUCAUCGAGCCACACCACCUCUGACUCAGUCAGUGAGACUUCAUCGGCUGCCAACAAGCGAUUGACUUUCAAUGAAACUGUGACAGUCUGCUCGAUUCCAAAUCACGAUGCCUAUUCAAAGCGAAUCAAAGAACAACUAUGGAAUACACCUGAAGAGAUUAUGGCAAAUGCUACAAGGAAUUCGAUCGAAUUUGCAGCUGAGGGGUGGGACUGGAGAAACACACUCGAAGAUGAGAACAUGUAUCGCUGUGUGGGCUCUAAUGAGAAGAUCCAUCCUGUCCACGUUGAAAACUAUGAGCAACAACACCAACAACAACAAGAGCAAAAAGAAGAGCAACAACAAGAACGCGAAAACUAA